UCGAUAUAUAGAAAUAUAUCGAUAUUUUAUUUUAUAGAUGAGAUUAAUAUAUCGAUAUAUUAAACUGUUUAGUGUGCAUUAUAUCACAUUAUAUUUAAAUAAAAGGGACGAAAAUAUGUUUCCAAUGGAACAAUCUUCAGUUCAAGACGCGCGAAUUAAAAGAAGCAUUAAAAUAGUUAUAGAGACUAUUGAAAACAUCACUACGAAGAAAGAAACUGCCAUAUCAUUUAUCGUGAUACAUAAUGAUGUACUACUCGGAGAAUGUCCCUUGAUUAUCGAAGCCGGCUACAAAGAACCUCCGCAAAUUUACAAUGUCAAUUUUACUGUUGAACUUCCAUUCAUAGUUAACAAUCGCAGCAACAUGAAUCUGAUUGUAUCAACACCAAUUUUAAUAAAGGUGAUGUGCAGUACUCAAGAUCAGCAGUCUCUCAAUUCAAUCACAUCAAGUGCAGAAUCAAAGAAAAAAGUGACAACGAUUACUCACGAGCAAAUAGGAUCAAAUGUGAUCGGUUUCUGCAACCUUGAUUUAAUGCCGUUAUUACUAGGUGAAAAAUUGCUUACCGAGAAACUCAUAGUGCAAACCAGAUAUCUUUCGUUUGAUGGCACUGCGGUUUCCUGGCAAAAUCUUCCCGUACUGACUGUCACGAUCAUGUGUGAUGAUGAAAUAUUUUCCUCAGACGCAAUAAUAAAUUUUCUCAGUAUUACAGUAGAAAGUAUAUACAACCCACCAGAAUGUUUUGCUAAAGAUGCGGAAUACAAAGUGGCAACAAUAGUGUAUGCUGACGAGGCCACAGAAAAUUUAAUAUUUGAAGACGGUAAGUGGACAAAGUAUCGUGAUGUGGAAAGAACUAAACGAUGGCAGAGCUUACCGAAGUUACAAAGUCGCGCAAGAUUGUCGAAGCGGAAACUCAGUCAAGAUUACGCAAAUAUUAAAAACACGGUUAACGCAGAAUUCGACUUACAAAAGAAGAUGUGGCUAGACGAGCCUAGAAUCGAGUGGAAUUGUAUGAGUCGCAGUAUGAUGAGUAAUGCAGAAAUUCAAGCAAUGCAAAAGCAUAUUACUAAGUACAAAUAUUGGCCAUUUCAAUUUAUAGUACCUGAAACUAGGAUGGGAAGGGACAACACUAAGUCGAAGAAGGAAAUGCCGAUUAAAUAUCAAAUUUAUCAAUGCUACGUCGAUUUGUCCGAACUUCUUUUUCCGGGAAAAAAAGAUACGCGCGUAAUGGCGCAAUUAUACACGCAUAACGCGUCAAAUAUGGCUGAAAAGACUGGUUUAAAGGAAGAUAUCUUUCAUAUAGAGCUUUGGAAUAAGGAUUCAAAAGAACAAGGGCGAAAAACCAAAGCAUCCGAGUCGAUCCAAUCGGAUAGCGAAGUAGCGCAAAGUACUCCGUUAGUUACGGAAACUGGAGAACCAGUAAUUGUGUUGAUCGAAGUUGAACUUCAUUAUCCAUUUAUUCCUUGCAGACUCGAAACUGAUUUUUCAAGCAUAAUUGAUGAUAUGAUGAGGCCAAAGGUGACUAAACCGUUUUAUAUUUAUUCUGGCGACGUAGCUGAGGAUCAAUAUGCAACAUGCAUUCAAAAACUGGUGGAGAUUAUUACGGAGAGUUAUCGGGAUUUUCGCGAUGAGAAGAAAGGAGUGUCUACUUCGAGUAAACGAGAAAGUGGCUGGAAUAAUUUUGAAAAAGCAGGCAAAGAAGACUUUUGCUUUAUUCCUGAAGAGGACGAGUUAACUUGUUUCACGCAAUAUCUAUAUAAAACUGGCACGUAUUUGGCUAUACGUAGCACUUUGAAGAUGAAAGUUAUUACGUUAUUGGAUCAGAAUUUUAAAAUAAACAUGAACACCAUACAUUCCGUCAAUAGUCAGAAUUUUAUAGCAUCCGUAUACAUGUAUCUCGUGGAACGAAUGCACCUUGCCAUCAAUAAGAUCAUUGAAAGUCGUCUCGUAGACGACAAUUCGUCAAAAAUGACAGAAUCUGAGAAAUUAUAUUUCUAUGCCGAAGAAGCUUACGAGUUAGGUCAUACAGAUGACGCAAGACGACAUCAGACUACAAUCGCAGCAGAUAAAAGUAAUUCUGAAGCAUGGACGAAGUAUGCAAUUUUUCUCUUGAAAAUUGGCGAUGUGGAGCGCGCAAAGGAAUGCUGCCGCGAAGCGAUUCUCUUGAACAGACGAGAUAAAAUUGCUUUAUUAAUAUACGGAUUAAUUCUCGUUGAAAAUCGGAAUUGUUGGGAAGCAGAAACCUUUCUAAGAGCUAUUACCGAUUUUUAUCCGCGGUUUGUUGAAGGCUGGGUUAUCUUGCACCUAUUUUAUAUUCACACAGAUUAUUCUCCAGGGGUGGAUCUCACUUUACGUCUAGCGGAAGAAUGCAUGAGGGACGAAUAUCGAGAAACGGAGUUUUCGAGUGAAAAUUCGCUCGUUUGGUCGACGGUUCACUGUCCACGAGAUAACAUAUACAUGAUAACAUUCAUGCUUUUAAUGAAGUUACAUUCCUAUGAUUUUGCUGGUAUGGCAUUGGCAGAAGAAAUAUUUCGCACUGGCAGAUCCAUCCAUGUUCUUUACUACCUGGCUGUGUUACAUUAUUUAUCGCACCGAUACGAAGAUGCCUUGUCGCAUUUAAAAGAAGCUGAAUGUAACUACGGACUGGACUAUUCGAUAAGCAGUUUACUGGGACACUGUUACUUUCAAACGGGUAAUUUUGUGGAAGCUAUUCGUUGCUACGAAUUUGCUAACUCCUUGUUUAACAGGCCGAGCGAUCUACAUCUCGUACAGAUAAGAAUGGGAUUCUGUUACGAAAAUGCCGGUGAUUUCCAGCAAGCAUUAAAAACUUUUCUUAGAGCAUGCAGAACAUCACCGACGGCGGAAACUUGGCUUGGAGCAGGAGUCGCUUUUUAUGAGUUACAGCGAUAUACAGAAGCCGAAGCGGCGUUAUUAGAGGCAAAUCAUAUCGACAAUCAUAACGCAAAUGUUUGGAAGUAUUUGUGCUUCUUAAACAUGUCUUUACAACGACACGAUGAGUUUGCUCAGUGUUACAGACAGAUGAUUCAGUGUGCUAUUUUUAUUCUUGGUCUGCUUCAAAUAACGAUGUUCACAACGAUUAAAUGCAAUGCGUCAAGCGAUUUUAUGCCUCAUCGGGCUAGAAAAAGAGACAAUGUUCCACGAGUCAGAAUAAAAGUGUUUCGUGGUCCAACUGAAGAAGGAAAUGGCGAAUUAUUCACUACUUGGGGAUAUUGGAUUCAACAGCCUAGCAGAUAAUGUGUGUCAAAUUAUGUAUUUUUUUUGUUUUUUAUCUUUAAUAUAGAAUAUUCAUAUGUAGUAAUAAAAUAAUAAUUCCUUUCCUAAUAUCUUUUACACACGCACACACAUAUAUUUAUUUCGAUUUGAAGUAAGCGGAACAGAAAUCGAAUCAGGGAACAUGUAAAAUAUAUAUAGGAAAUAUAUAUAGGAAAAAUAGAAUUAUAGGAAAAUAUAC